AUGGCCUCGAAUGCGCCCCCGGUCCCUUCGAAGAAUGCCUUGCGAGCCCUUCGGAACCUAGCCUUUGCCAAUCCCACAAUCAUCUUUGGGGCAGUUGGUAGCGCAUGUUGUGCAGCCGCCGUAAGCUACGAAGCUCAGCGGCGAGUACGGCUGGCCGAACAAAUUAUAGCAACAAAAAGAACAUUGCGGUCUAUAUCUGAUGGCAAAGGCAACGCCCGCGCAAGGAGAAUGUUUGAGGCGGCGGAAAAAGGGGAGAAUUUUCUCCUCGAUCCCAGAUCCGCUGGACGAAGACAGCGAGUUCGGACUCACUCGACUGCAAUCGCUCAACAAGAUGAUGUCGACAACGAGGAAGCUUCCAUCGAGAUCGAGAACAUACGGCAAUCUCUUGCCCAGAUACCUGAGAGAGCACAGAGCCGAACUCGUAGAAGAUUGACCUCGACUAGAAAGGAUAAGAACUAUGCUACAGAGGCGCCGGUAUCAUCGUCAGCGCAGCCCGCAGGCAACGACACCCGGCAUACAUUGUCAGCGAAGACACCGAGUCUAGCCAGACGGCAUAGUCAGGCCAAUAAUUCUGUUCCGAACAAUAGGAGCCCAGUCAAAGGAGAUACAAACACCGCCAACUCUUUCCUUGCGACGCAUAAGCUAUCAGCGGACGUGGCCUACAAACCACACGGCUACAGCUCACAUGGGCAAGCUGCUGCAAGCUAUGCGUGGGCUAUGGAUUCGCAAAGACAACGCAACAGCGCAUCUGGUGAAAAGGUGAGGGCUGCGUCGAUGCGGUCACACAAAACUCGGGAUUAUGUUGUUUAUGGUGCGCGUCGACGCCAACCUCCUUUGGAUGCCUCUCUGCCAAGUGAGCUCACUUCAACAGAGGCCUCGCAACCUUCGGCGUUGGGCGGGGAGCAUAUUUAUAGCAUCUCGACCGCCAAUGAUAAUCCGCGAGACUGUGCUAGGCCAGACGAUGGUUGGGAAGCGAUGGCGGAUCCCACAAGGUUGUCUUCCACAGAAGCCAGACGAGGCGCCAAUGGAGGUGAAAAGGAUUUGCUCAACCCAGGAUUUGAUGAUGUUGGCGAAUUUCAGGCUUCUACGGCCUCCUUCAGAAGAGCUCAAUCGGACCCACACAUGCACGCAUCCCGGGACAAUGUUUCAUCCCCAAGCAGUGGCACCGAGUACUCACAACAGCGUCCCUUCGAGUGGCAGAGCCCCGUCUCGGAUUUUGUGGAUUUAUCCGCAUCAGCUGCUGAGUCGUCCACUGGUGUCACCGAGGAAGAGCUUCGUUGGGUACGUGCCGUUGGCAUCAAUACACCUGACCUCCACGAGCUUGAGAUGGGGGCAUACUCCGCGCACGUGCGCGAGGGCGGCUUAUCAGCCGUCUAUAGACCUCUUAAGAGUUUUAGCUCUGUUGAAUCCCCUUUUGUGUUCCGCCACAAGAUAGCCGCCGCUCUCGUGGCGGGAGAUCUCGAUGAAGCUGAACGCACUUUCAGCGAGAACUACAAUCGAAAACUCCAAGGCUCCACGCCUGUCAUAGCGAUACCCUUGAUUCGCAAACUACUGGCUGAUCCGUCCAGGAGACACCGGGCUGCAAAGAUCUUGUUUCCCGAACCACGACGACAGAGAACACGCUCUACGGUCCAGGGCCAUUUCGCCCGUGUUUAUCAGUAUUUGCGGGUGAUUUGUGCGACAACCCCAAAUUGCGACGAAUGGGUGGUUGAACUGAGAAAAGUGCUGGACAUGGCGCAAGCCGAGGCUGUCGAGCUUAACGCGAGCAUCUUACUGUGCGUCAUUCAGUAUGUUUGUGGGACCGGACAAGUGGCCAAGGCCGAAAAGCUGGCCAAUUCGUUGUCAGACGAAUACGGCUUAGAGUGGCACAUCGACCUAGACCGAGUCCUGGUGCUUGCGUACGCUACAGAACACGACUGGAGCCCAGCCAAUCGUAUCAUGCAGUCUCUUCAAGACCGUCUGGUACCGAGAGAACGCCCUCACUGGUAUUCGUCUCUGUUCCGCGAUGUCUUCGAGCGGUAUUUGCAAGAUCAUGCACUCGAACCUUCGUACGACUAUCUGGUGAACGCGAUGAGCUCUUGGAGAUUGGCACCAACCAGUGCAAUCUCUUGCACGCUCAUUGGCGCGUGCAUCAGAGCAGGCGAUUAUGGCCGUUUGCGACAAUGGAGCGAGACGAUCCGGGUGAUGUGGCCUCGACUGGACAUUGGCACAGGUUUACGAGCCAACGCUCUGCAACUUGACACAAUCUGGGCAGAACAACAAGCCACAUGUGAAGACAUUGAGAAAGCAUGCCUUGCUAUGGCGUUUGACUGUGAGGAUGAUCCUUUCUCUCAAGACGUCCGAGCUAUCAUACAGCACGCAAUCGAGUCCGACUUGCGAAGACAAAUCAGCAAUUGUGCCAUGCUAUCUGAGAAAGCGCAUAUCAUGAUCAAAACCAGUUAUACGCUGCCCACUCUUCUACGGAUUGGAGACCAACUUCUGACGCAGUUGGAUGAAAGCUCUGAACCACACCAGAGCGCAGCCUAUGAGAGCCUUUCACGGCAGCUCCUGGCCGUUGCCCGACUGAACAAAGUUAUGGCCGGUUGCCUUCCCGAAACGCCAUUCAACGACGCUAUCUGGCAUGAAUCCGUCCCAAUCGCACCAGAGACAGUGGACAGUGUCGUUCCGAAAGAUGAUUUAACUCCUUCGAUACCGACAUCGCUACAGUCUCCACAUCUUCCACAUAUAAAGCUGAUAUUGCCGAUACUUGCAGAGCAUUACCUACAGCAGCAGCAAUCGAGGAAGCCGCUGUCGCAUGAUUUACUUGAAUACAUCAUCUCAAAACUCAAGUAUGUUCGCCGCCUUGACGAGGCUGCUAGUCUCAUGGACUUGAUCACACGAAGUCCCUUCGUGACGGGCAAGGGUGGCAAGUCUCUGAGUCCACGACUCUACAGUGACUGGCUUGAUAUAGCGACCCAACUGAUGUCGACCAGACAUGCUGGUAAAGCCAUGUGGGCUCUCCUUGACGCAUGUCGACAUGUAGUCUUGAGCCCGAAAAUGCUGAUGCAAGCGGCGGACUGCAAUGCCAUGUUCCUCCCGACAGGCUAUGCACAUCGUCCUGUUCGACGUCAGAAAGAGAUACAGUAUCUUUACAAGCGACUGGAAAGGAUCCGCUGGGUUCAAAUGGGCAUGCCCAACCUCACUCCAUCGUUGCCGCGAUGGCGCACGUGGGGGGAGCGAAUGCAGGAGGAGGAAGAGCAUGUGGCAUGA